UUGUAUAUUCUUAUUGUACUCUAAACUUUAUGCAAUCUACACAAUGUCAGAUGGCAUAACUGGAAUGGUUAAUCGGCAGCCAGCUUGGAUAAUGUACAAUCCAAUCAUCGAUUGGCGCAACGGGAUGUGGAGCUUAUUGGUACAGUCCGUUAUCGAGGUGAUAGUCAUGAGUUUGAUGGCCUGUGCGAUACUUAGCUGCUGUCGCUUGAUACGCCCUAUUAUGUCGCUCACCAUCUUCAUACAGUUUCUUUUUAUUGGCAUUAUCCUGGGCCUAAAUUUGGUCAACAUUUUGUAUUUCUCCGACCUUUUUCGUGGACUAUCUUCGGUAAUAUUCGUCUGCGCCAUUUUGGUUCAGACAUUUCCAUUUUGUUACUAUUGCGAUUUGCUCUCCAGCGAUUGCACUGACUUGGCCAAUCUAUUGGCCCAAUCGAACUGGUUCGAUGCGAGCAUCAAAUAUAAAUCGACCCUGAGAAUCUUCUUGCUACAUGCCCAACAGCCCAUCGAAUUUAUUGCUGGCGGCGUGUUUCCCAUCUCGUUGAAGAGCAAUGUUCAGAUGGCCAAAUUCGCAUUCAGCGUUAUGACCAUAGUGCAGAGAAUGAAUCUUACCAAUCGAUUCAAAUAAUCUGAGAUGUGAAAAAACUAAUAAUGUAUACAAAAAA